UUUCUUUCCUCAGUCGAACCUGACCUAUGGAAUGAAGGAAGAAUUUAAAAGGAAUAGAAUCUAUAAAGGAUACAUAUUGUACAUUAUUCGCACACUGCGGAUAAAAGUGUUAGAAUCCUUACAAAUUCGGUGCUCGGUUUUGUUUCCCUAAAAAAGAGUGGCGUUGAGGUUUCGCAUAUUUGGCGCUUAUCUAGUUAAAGCAUUAUUUGUGAAGGACAAUAGUAUUUUCGUCCCUACUAUCACCGUGAUUGCCAUCUCGGUGUCGAAGUGUACAUGUGUUGCUCGUCCCGUGGAUUCUCCAUUGGAUCACGGGAGUAACUAGCUGAACGGUGGGCAUAUCUACGUUGAAAGGCACUUCAGUAGUCCUGUACGAGUCCUACGCAUAUUCAAACCGAAGUACCACAUGCUAGUACCCAACGUUUUCCGUUCAGGCUAGUGUUCCUCCUUUGGAUGGGUGUUCGCAGGCAUUACCAUGAGCGUGUUUGGUAUAUGAUAAAAAGUCCGUCCUAUCAUCCAAGUUCAAAUGAGAUGUGCAUGAUUUGUGUGAGGUGUUCCGAUGUGCGAAUGAGUACGAGCGACUUGGGUUGGAAUGUGAAAUGCCUGCAUACUAGCUCCCAUGAGUUCCUGCCAGCUUGACUGGUGUAGUAUGCGCGACCAUGUUGUAAAUUAUUGAUUUUUCCCGGGAGUGAUAAUAUAAUGAAUAUUUGGUUCAUUCAAUUCAUUAGGUGCAAUAAAUUCCGACCUGCCAGCACGCUUUAAAGUAGCGGUUGAACAAUAACAGAAAUAAUAAUAAUAAUUAGAUUAGGAUGUGUCUGUGAUAGCAAUAAUUUAGUUUUAAUAUUUACGGAAGUAAAUUCUUCACACGAAUGUGUUCAAGUGACGCACAACAUAUUUUCAAGUGAAUCGCCAAAUGUCUUCCCAUUUUUGAAUUAGCUAGUGGUUCUUCAGCAUCCGUGAAAAGUUCGCGGCUGCUUCCAGUGCAAUAAAUCGUUUGCUGUUUUGUUCAUUUCAAUUAAUUGUUGUUGGAAUUAUUUAGCGAAGGCUUCAAAAGUCCUUAGAUUUUUAGUGAGGAUAGUGUUCAAACCGAAGCUUUAAAUAAAUUUAGCGUUCACCGUAUAAAGUAUAGGCAAAAUCUGAAAUGCACGGGAAACAUGGUAUAAGCAUGUCCUACAGACCCCUCGUGCUAUAAAUCUUAAGGUUCUCUACAUGCAUUUCGUGGAUUGUCCUGUGCAUAAUCAAAACUAUUAGUGUGUGAACUAAAAAACAUAACCUAAAACGUGUGUUCUAAAAUUUAACCUAGAAAGUGGAUUCUAUCAGCCUAACCUCAACUGGCGCUGCUCCUCUCGCUUGAAAUCUCCAGCUUUCGCCCACGACGACCAACUGUGACCACGCGCAUUUCGAGGAGAAAUUCUGGUGCAAGGACGUUUGCUGCUAAAUACACACGUACACAUAGUCACAGUUUUAUGAAUGUCCUUAUGGCACAUUGAAGUGGCCGUUGUUGUCGUCUCUGUAGUGGGUGGGAGUUUGUUUAGGGAUAUAAAAUUCAGAAGACAAGACACUGCUCACAGUUGGCUCUAAUGCAAUCUCAAAAGUGUGUAAUCGUUUUCGUGUCCUCGCACCUAACGGGAAAGCGAAAAUUUGGUAAAAAAAUUCGAGUUCUCCCAGUAAUUGGAAAGUAAUAUAAGCGCCUGAAAGCUGCCAGUCGUGGGCGUUCAAAACUAUUAGGGAUUAUUUUAGUGUAACGAGUAUCUCAUAAAGUCUGGAAUUAUGGAACACAACUUUCCGAAUGGAAUUUUAUUACCUGACUCUUUGAGGUGAUAAAUUAAUUGCUACGAAAAAAAUUCGGUGAUGUGGGACAAGUCUUGUAUUGGGAGAUGCAACAACCCCAACGUUAUAUACCAUCUGUGUCUGAUUUAUAUGGUACGGAUGAGAUAGAAUUCCUACUGGACGAAAUACGUGAUCUAGAGCCGGCCUGCUGUCAGCUUGAUGAUGUUCAAGAUUUCGAGAUAGCUGGCAGCAGAGCCGGUGAAUUAUCGAUCUCACUUGAAUCGCCGGUCGGGACAUGUACAUCGUGGGAUUCACAUGCACACUAUCGUCAACGUACUGGCCAGACACCGUUACCAUGGGGCGUUGCAUUGCACUGUGAUUCGACACACUUAAAAACGCCUACAGGGAUUGUACGAAUUCUUUUGGUGUUGUCUUCUGCCGCUUGCCUUGCCUGCGAAUGCUCAGCUGGUACUGUACAAGUUGGCCUUUUUUUACUGCCACUAAUAGGACGUUUAAGAUUAAUGGUCUUUUGUGCACUAUUUUCUCUUCUCAUAACUUGUUUGAUGCUAUUUUUGGAUAUAUCACAUAUUGCGCUCAUGUUUCCAUUCAAUUGGACUAAAAAUACUUGGAUGUACCUGAGUAUCGGUUUAAUAUUUAUACUAGGGUCAUCUUUAAUGUUACAUAUGGUUUUAUUCGCCGAAGCAUUUGUUUGGGUACCUAAGCACACGAAAGAUACUUUAUUUACAUCGGCGAUUUUAGGUUACAUAUGUGCUGCCGAAGCUCUUGUUCUCUCAGGUUUGGCAAUGUGCCCUUCGAAAUAUCGUCAGGUCCCUGACGACAUUAGCGAUAUUUACGUACAGGAUCGCGAAAUGAGUCCUUUAAGCCCGAUUGAUAGUACGGAAGUACCGAAUCAUAGUAAUAAUACAACACAAACACAACACGGCGAAUUAAAUAAUCAUAAUCAAUAUAAUCGUAUAUCAUCGUCAUGUAAUCAAAAGCCUUAUAUACCUGCCAAAAGACCCGAUCAAGCUAAUAAUAAACGACCAACGCUGGGUCAUACACAAAACAAAAAACCAAAUCAUCGUUAUCGUGAAGGCUACCAUUACCAGCCAAUAGCAUCAACGUCCCGCCAGAGUCCCACAUUCGUCAUAGAAGAUGAUGGGGCUGGUCCAUCAACAUCCCGAUCCAAUGAUAAUUCUAGUGCGUGAUAGUUUUUAAUAAUCUUCUAAUCAAUAAUAAAUUAGAAAAAAAUUGAGAGCAACAAAUAAACUAUAAAAUUGAUUUGAUCAAAAAUUGAAAACUAACAUAAAUAAAUCGAGAUUUAGUCUUUGUUUGAAAGUCCUCAUUUGAUUGAUGAUAGUUCUCACAUUCAAUCUUUUUAUCAAAAUUUAUUAAAUCCAUUAUUUUCGAUAUUUCUAAAACCACUAAUUAGAUAAUUUACAAGGAAAAUAAGUAAAUUAAGAAGGAAAUUCUCUACUUGUUAUUUUUUCUAAGAGAUGAAUCAACUGUUAUUAAGUCCAACGUUAUAGAGAGAAAAAUUAAGAAAUUUUUUCUAUAAAAAUAAAAUUUGUAAAUAGCGAAAUUUUUGAAACCAAACGAAGGAAACAAAUAAAAUUGAAUAUAUUAAAAGAAAUAAAAAAAAAUAAAACAGGGAGACAGGGAUAAUUAACUUUUCACUCUAGAAAAGCCUUUUCCUUUCUCUUCUAAGAACUAUAGAACAAAAAUGUCGAACGCCACACAAAUUAAUAAUAAACAAUUGAACAAUUGAGCAAA